AGAUUAUAUCAAAUACUGUCUGUCUCUUGGCAAGGCUAGUAGAAAAAAAACGCAAAACUUCAAAAAUGUUUUUAUCUUCCCUCAUUGAAGAAAUUCUACUACAAAUCAAAUUUUUGGCAUCAAAAGCAAUUCUAAAUUAUGUAGGGUGUCAAUUAGCUAAAAUAGUAAUAAUAAAUCUCAAAAAUAUUAACGUUAUAAAUUGAGAAAACUUUAAGCAAAAUGGAUUUCAAGACAACAACAACUAACGACUUUCAAUGGCCGUUUUCAAAACCCGUAAUAGGAAAACCAUGCGAGCCGCCAAGUCCAGACACAGCGCCGAUCGUGCGUCCAGCCCCCGUAGCUCCGUACUGCCACUGCGAUGCUCACUCCUACUCGCCCAGAGUGGAGCAGUACAAACAACUGCUUGAAAAGGAGCAGAAGCUAUGCCAGGACUAUGAGCAGUUGAGGAAACAGAUGGUUGAUGUGACGAAUGAUAUUUUAGAUCAUCCUUGCGAUGAUCUCGACGGCAAAAUGAUGACCAUGUACCAAGCCACGUUCAAGAAAAGAUCAUUUCCAAUGACGGACUACAGAACGAUCAUAGCAGCCUCUCAGUCCAAUGCUCCCAUACCGAUGGAGACCAACAGUCUUGGCAUGCUGCGAUGUUACAAGGAUCCCACCAACUUCACCGACAAGCCUCCUACCGUUCGACCCACGAUCAACCCUCCAGGGCCGAUCCACACGGGCGUAGCUCCCCAAGCCAUACAGACCUGGUUCGCCGAGUACCCCGGCAGGACAGAGUACAUGGACACCUACAGUGCCUCUGCCAAGGCCUGCUGGAGGUCCAUGCAGAGGUACAAGGAACCCAUGCCUUCGACGAGAAGACGGGCAGACGAUACCUGCAUCUGAUUGGUAUGCUCGUAGAAUGAUGAAUAUUUGUUUGGUAUUCGUAAGUUUAUAUGUACAGAUCAAGAUUAAAAUAAGGGAAGAUAUUAUUGUGUUUUAUUUAACAUAGA